CCGCCCGGACGCCGGGGUCCCCUAGGCCGGGACGUGGGCGGGGCGGCCCGGCCUGACGCAGCUCUGCACCCUCCAACCAUCACCAGGGCCGGCGGCGGCUGCCCCGAGGGACGCGGCCGUAGGCGGUGGCGAUGGGGGCCGCCCGGAUCGCACCCAGCCUGGCGCUCCUACUCUGCUGCCCAGUGCUCAGCUCCGCAUAUGCGCUGGUGGACGCGGACGAUGUCUUUACCAAAGAGGAACAGAUUUUCCUGCUGCACCGUGCCCAGGCGCAAUGUGACAAGCUGCUCAAGGAAGUUCUGCACACAGCAGCCAACAUAAUGGAGUCAGACAAGGGGUGGACACCAGCAUCUACGUCAGGGAAGCCCAGGAAAGAGAAGGCAUCGGGAAAGUUCUACCCUGAGUCUAAAGAGAACAAGGACGUGCCCACCGGCAGCAGGCGCAGAGGGCGUCCCUGUCUGCCCGAGUGGGACAACAUCGUUUGCUGGCCAUUAGGGGCACCAGGUGAAGUGGUGGCAGUACCUUGUCCCGAUUACAUUUAUGACUUCAAUCACAAAGGCCAUGCCUACAGACGCUGUGACCGCAAUGGCAGCUGGGAGGUGGUUCCAGGGCACAACCGGACGUGGGCCAACUACAGCGAGUGCCUCAAGUUCAUGACCAAUGAGACUCGGGAACGGGAGGUAUUUGACCGCCUAGGCAUGAUCUACACCGUGGGAUACUCCAUGUCUCUCGCCUCCCUCACGGUGGCUGUGCUCAUCCUGGCCUAUUUUAGGCGGCUGCACUGCACGCGCAACUACAUCCACAUGCACAUGUUCCUGUCGUUUAUGCUGCGCGCCGCGAGCAUCUUCGUGAAGGACGCCGUGCUCUACUCUGGCUUUACGCUGGAUGAGGCCGAGCGCCUCACAGAGGAAGAGUUGCACAUCAUCGCGCAGGUGCCACCUCCGCCGGCCGCUGCCGCCGUAGGCUACGCUGGGUGCCGCGUGGCGGUGACCUUCUUCCUCUACUUCCUGGCUACCAACUACUACUGGAUUCUGGUGGAGGGGCUGUACUUGCACAGCCUCAUCUUCAUGGCCUUUUUCUCAGAGAAGAAGUACCUGUGGGGCUUCACCAUCUUUGGCUGGGGUCUACCGGCUGUCUUCGUGGCUGUGUGGGUCGGUGUCAGAGCAACCUUGGCCAACACUGGGUGCUGGGACCUGAGCUCCGGGCACAAGAAGUGGAUCAUCCAGGUGCCCAUCCUGGCAUCUGUUGUGCUCAACUUCAUCCUUUUUAUCAACAUCAUCCGGGUGCUUGCCACUAAGCUUCGGGAGACCAAUGCGGGCCGGUGUGACACCAGGCAGCAGUACCGGAAGCUGCUCAGGUCCACAUUGGUGCUCGUGCCGCUCUUUGGUGUCCACUACACCGUCUUCAUGGCCUUGCCGUACACCGAGGUCUCAGGGACAUUGUGGCAGAUCCAGAUGCAUUAUGAGAUGCUCUUCAACUCCUUCCAGGGAUUUUUUGUUGCCAUCAUAUACUGUUUCUGCAAUGGUGAGGUGCAGGCAGAGAUUAGGAAGUCGUGGAGCCGCUGGACACUGGCGUUGGACUUCAAGCGCAAAGCACGCAGUGGGAGUAGCAGCUACAGCUAUGGCCCAAUGGUGUCUCACACGAGUGUGACCAAUGUGGGCCCCCGUGCAGGACUCAGCCUCCCCCUCAGCCCCCGCCUGCCUCCUGCCACCACCAAUGGCCACUCCCAGCUGCCUGGCCAUGCCAAGCCGGGGGCUCCAGCCACUGAGACUGAAACCCUACCAGUCACUAUGGCGGUUCCCAAGGAGGAUGGAUUCCUUAACGGCUCCUGCUCAGGCCUGGAUGAGGAGGCCUCUGGGUCUGCGCGGCCGCCUCCAUUGUUGCAGGAAGAAUGGGAAACAGUCAUGUGACUGGGCACUAGGGGGCUGGACUGCUGGCCUGGGCACAUGGACAGAUGGACCAAGAAGCCAGUGUUUGGCUGGUUGUCUAUUCGGGACUGGACCAGGAAGAUAACAAAAGGAAAAAAAAAGAAAGAAAAAAAAAAAAAAAAAAAAGGAGAAGGGG